ACAGCAGUCGCGAGCGGCUCAGCCCAGCCCAGCCCAAGCUCCAGCCCCAGCCGGCCAGGCGCGUCCGACGACCGGAGGGGAAAGACGGAAGGGGACGGCGAGCCCGCGCGCGGCGAGACGCCGGAGCCCCUCGGCCCUCGCAGCCCGCCUCAGCAGAGGAGCAUGGCCGUGGCGGUGGGGAGACCCUCGAACGAUGAGCUUCGGAACCUGUCUCUAUCGGGCCAUGUUGGUUUUGACAGUCUCCCGGAUCAGCUGGUCAACAAGUCAACUUCACAGGGUUUCUGCUUCAACAUCCUUUGUGUUGGGGAGACUGGCAUUGGCAAGUCAACGCUCAUGGAUACGCUGUUCAACACGAAAUUUGAAAGUGACCCAGCCACUCAUAAUGAGCCUGGUGUGCGGUUGAAAGCCAGAAGUUACGAACUUCAGGAGAGUAACGUCCGUCUAAAGCUCACAAUUGUUGACACAGUGGGAUUUGGAGACCAGAUCAAUAAAGAUGACAGCUACAAGCCCAUCGUGGAAUACAUCGAUGCCCAGUUUGAGGCCUACCUGCAGGAAGAAUUGAAGAUCAAGCGCUCCCUGUAUAAUUACCACGACACCAGGAUUCAUGCGUGCUUAUAUUUCAUUGCACCAACUGGGCAUUCGCUGAAAUCUCUUGAUUUGGUCACCAUGAAGAAACUCGAUAGUAAGGUGAACAUUAUCCCUAUUAUAGCCAAAGCUGACACCAUUGCAAAAAACGAGCUGCACAAAUUCAAGAGCAAAAUCAUGAGCGAACUGGUCAGCAACGGAGUCCAGAUAUAUCAGUUCCCGACCGAUGAAGAGACAGUGGCUGAGAUUAAUGCUACAAUGAGUGUCCAUCUCCCAUUUGCUGUUGUUGGCAGCACUGAAGAAGUUAAAAUCGGCAAUAAGAUGGCUAAGGCCAGGCAAUAUCCAUGGGGCAUCGUGCAAGUUGAAAACGAAAACCAUUGCGACUUUGUCAAGUUGCGUGAAAUGCUGAUAAGAGUAAACAUGGAAGACCUGCGGGAGCAGACUCAUAGCCGACAUUACGAGCUUUAUCGCCGCUGCAAACUUGAAGAAAUGGGAUUCAAAGACACGGACCCUGACAGCAAACCGUUCAGUCUGCAAGAAACCUACGAAGCCAAGAGAAAUGAAUUCCUGGGUGAGCUCCAGAAAAAGGAAGAAGAGAUGAGGCAGAUGUUUGUCAUGCGGGUGAAAGAGAAAGAAGCCGAGUUGAAAGAAGCAGAAAAAGAGCUUCAUGAGAAGUUUGACCACCUAAAGCGGACUCACCAAGAAGAGAAGAAGAAGGUAGAGGACAAGAAGAAAGACCUGGAGGAGGAGCUGAGCAAUUUCCAGAAGAAAAAAGCAGCAGCGCAGCUUUUACAGUCACAGAGUCAACAGGCUGGCUCUCAACAAACCAAGAAAGAGAAAGACAAGAAAAAUAACCCCUGGCUCUGCACGGAGUAAUGUCUCCCCCCCUCAAAGCUUUUGGGAUGUACUUUCCCCUUUGCAUCUUCUUCUUUAUGUAGCUGUCAGUCACCUUGCCAAGUUCCACUUCCCUCUCUCCUAAUGGAUGUUAGAAGAACCGGCAGUUAUGCCACAUAACACACCCCAUUGGGACAUGAAUUACCUCAUUCUUCCACCACCUCCGCCUUUCUGUCUUUUGAAAAAAAAACGUGACUCACUUGCGGUGUGUGUGCAUGUGUGUGCGAGAGUGGGUGUGUUUUCUGAGUUGUCGGUCCACUCACGGCUGGCAAAGAAUCUUGACUUCACACCACUGCAUGGAUUCACAGAUUCACGGUGUGGCAGACCGAACGCGGAUGCCACCCAAAAGAUUGCACUGGGAAUUUUCUUCUUCCUUUCCUUUUGAUACCACAGGCGCGUGCCGGUUGGCAGGAGGACAAGGACCUCGCGGACUGAAAAACUGUGAAUGAGUGAGAGUGAAUUAGAUGUAUAUGCAAAACCCACAGAUGUUUGUUCAAAUGUGAAAUCCCUACACAGACCUAAGUGAGCACUGAAUCUUAGAUGCUGUAACCUGGUAUCUCUGAAAGCCAUAUGAACUCCAAAAGGGUUCCCACUAUUUGUCUUCAUAAUAUUCGAGGAUGAUGCCGGGGGCAGGCGGGGGGGGCAGCUCUGUCCAGACAGAUCCGAAGGUAAAACUGGAGCUACCUGCCACCUAACUGUAAUUUGCUUUUAAUGAAGUGUCAGGUUUCAUUCUCCCACUCAAUACUCUGGGUGCUGGACCUUUGGAGAAUCUUCUUAGCUUCCCUCAUGCCAUUCUACACAUGAUGUAGCAGCAAACAGGUUUACCAUUGUAUAAUAUCUGUAUAUAUUUGAAAAGGAGCUACAAAACCCAUCCUGGCUCCUGCAUGAUAUUCACACAUAUCAUGAGUUCAACGGUUGCAAACUAUUUCUUUAAGAAUACAUGUUUUAAUAGCAUGAGUGAAAGUGGGCAGAAAUGAACUUCUUAGAGCAAUGGGUUCUGUGUCAGGUUCAAGCACACAGAUCCCUUUGUUUUCAAAGUGGUCAAAAUCUUUUUAACUGUGGGAAAGUCAUUAGAUUUAUUCCUGGUACUAGACAUAGCCUGGAAAAAUUACACGUUUGGACUACAGUUCCCAGAAUUCUCCACCCAGUAGCCAUGGGGACUAAGAGGUUCGGGGAGUUGUAGUCUAAGGAAAUCACUUAUUUAAAACUCUGGAUCUAAAGGACUCGUGAACUACAGCUUUCAAGCUGCAAUGGUUUUCUUCAUAGGGCCUUGAAUGUUCUUUUAGACCACAUCAUCUGCUCUUUUAAGUCUUAUUUAUCCAAUAAAAUAUUUUUAGGGCAAAGUUCUUUCAAGGCAGUUUACCUAAAAAGUGCAGUAUUUUAAAGAUCGGGAACUAAAAGUUCAGUAAAACCCUAAGUGCUGUUGUGACACCAAGCAUGCUGAUGGCAUCUUCAGAGCCACAUGUUUCGGGCCUUGCGAAUAGGCAGAUUUUGAUGAUACAUGUCAACUUUCAGGUUGAAAAAAAUGCAAAGUCCUAGGGAAUGGUUGAACAAGGUUUCCACUAUAUAAGUGGUAGUGCUUCCCUUUGAUUUAUAAUUACAUGCCAUCAAGUUAAUUCCAAAUUAUGGCAAACCUGCCUAGGCUUUUCAAGGUGCAGAAGACUCAGAAUUGGUAUAUCAAUUGUCAUCUUUUGGGUAUGUUCUGUGCAGCUUGCCCAGAACUGUAUAGACGAGCUCUUCUCUUGCAAGACACAGGGGGGAACCAAACUGCGAACCCAGGCAAAUUUUCUAGCUCAGUGAGCUGUCCAGCCAAGGUAAGUUAAAGGGCAUAACUUUCACAUAUACUUCAGUUAUUCCUGGCUGUUGGCCAUUGUGGCAGGGGUUGAGGGUGUGUUGAAAUCCAUAAUAUUUUUCCUGCCUUCAAAAUUUUUAUUCCUAUGCAAAUUCAUGCAGGCUAUUUAUUAAUAGACAUCUCUGAGGAAUCGAAAGCCCUGUGAUUAAAAUCAGUGGAACGCAAUGUGCCUUGAUUAAGUCUUUUAACUGCCCUCUGAUAUAAGUUUCUACUCAGAAGUAAGCACCAUUGAAUUCACUGGGCUUUACUGCUGGGUAAGUAGCUCUAGUAUUGGCCGCUCAAAUUUCUUUAAUUGCAAGGUGGUGCAUUUCGGGUUAAGGUUCAUUGUCCUUGUACUGGGGACACAACCUCAGUGUGUUGCUCGUAGAAACAAAUGACUUUAAACCAUGCUUGUUUCAUUUGAUGAAAGAAAAAAAUUAAUGCAACUCCUGGGUUUCAGUAAUUGUUUUGGGCAGUGGAGGAGUAUAUUGUUUAUUUGAUUUUAUUUAAAAUAUUUAUAUGCCACCUUUCUCCUAAUGGAUCCGAGGA